GAAUAGCAUUGUUGAAUCUCACAACUGAGCGAUAGCGAGAACCAACGAGAGGAGGGCGGCGAGCAGGGCAGACCCCUGAUUGGCUCUCUCAUCUUCAAAGCUUUCACCGAGGGACAACGCUUGAUCCUCGUUCACAGCCAAAGGAUCUGACCGGAAUCGGGCUAAUGUGCUGUGUUUCCUUUGGGGAGACAUCAAGGUGACACAGGCCGACUCUGUUGCGAGAUCCUCAGAUCAGUCUUGGGACUCUUUCAAUUCUGUGAAUAACAUUCGGACGCGAUGCAGUAUCUCUCUAAAGCUUACAGCUUCUAUUCGGGCAUCAACCCGGCAACUUUAUCCGGAGCCAUCGAUGUCAUUGUUGUGAAGCAUGUGGACGAAGAUGGAGAGGUCACUCUGUCUUCCUCUCCUUUUCACGUCCGAUUCGGCAAGCUGCAAGUCCUGCGAGCAGCCGAGAAGCGGGUGACUUUACGGCUUCCGAAUAACUUGCCGCCCCCACAUGUCGCCCCAUUCAGCAUGAAGGUUGGCGAAUCGGGUGAAGCGUUUUUCGUUUUGGAAACGGACGAAGACGUGCCGGAAGAUCUACUCACAAGUCCAGUGGUAUCACCGACCGAUGAUAUCCCUCCGACUCCACCCUUCUCAAGCACCUCACAGACUUCCGCUGAGACACUGCCGUUGAGCGAGCCUCGGACAGAUACUGGAAAGGGACCAAAACCGGAGAUCGGGCAGCAUGAAGAACCAGUGCACGUCGGCUCUCUCACACAGAACCCUUUCGGAGAGACCGAAGAACAGGUCAAUCAUACGCUGCACAGUGACCGCAACGAGCUGGGGGAUGUCGAGCCGUUAGAUCUGGAUCAGCCGGACCCAGUCAAGUACUCGACUCCCUCCAAAAGUAGCCUCAAUAUCGACAAGGGCUCUUCUACCGCCUCUCCAUCGUCCAUACUUAAUGCUCCGGCAUCACUUCUACCGUCCUUCCUAACAUCCUCCAAGUCUAGUAACAAGGAGCCAGAAACAGAUGAAACGGCGGAAUCGUUGGCCAAGUCCAGGGGCAAAGCCGUCUUGUCAAAGACAACCCCUCCUGAGAACCCGGAAAAUCCCGUUUCUGCCAAGCCAGGCGAGGAUGCCAAACAUGUCGAUCGCAAUCAGACCAUUUCCACUUACAAGAAGACACAUGAUAUCGAACACGCCUUAGAUCCAGGAAGUGUACCAGCGGACGAUCUGCCAAAGGUCGAUCCUGGCGAAGGUGAAGGUCCUGACGUUGUGUAUGGCAAGGAUGUGGUUUUAGACAUGUCCGGCUAUCACAGUGCUGGCAAGGCUACUGAAGAGCGCAAUCCGAAAGCGGAGAGAGGCAUGGCAGAAGAGGCUUAUAGAGUCAAAAGUGCUCUGACAGCUGCGAAAAUUAUGGAGGGGAAAACUCAUUCGUCCAAAGUACGAGCUUCGCUGAUCGAGGCGUUCGCACACGACUUGAUGGCUUCUGUACCUUCGCAUAGCUACUCGACCAGCUCCAGACGCAACACGCCUCGUUCUGACGAGACAUCUGCUCAUUCUGGACUGGACAAUAUGGAUCGCAAUGAUGAUCGGCCGUCUCAUUCACAGUCUGAUCUAUCCUCUACACUAGAUUCUCUUUCGCUGGAAGAGGCGACACCGAUGAACAAGAGCUCGGCACUUAGACGCGGAGACAGAGGACAGUCCGAGCCACCGCCAGAUAUGGAGGACGACCUGGAGACAUCGAUGCCUUCCUCAUCGCUUGCUCGGCCUCCGAAUGGUAAUAUCUUCCCAUAUUCCUCGGCUCAGCCCCCUCGACCAACCACUCCGACCAACCUGCCGAACACUUGGGAUUGGGCACGCAUGCCGCCACAAUCUCCAGAGUCCGGAGGCGUAGACGAUUUGGCGUCGUAUCCCGACACGGAAAGGAUUGAGCAGGGUGCAUCCGGUAGAAACGACAAGGAGAGAUUGCGAGCUGACAGCAUGCCGGCCUUUGGACUGGAUCUGCCUCUCACGCCUCCGGGAACGUCCAGGGACCCAUCGUCAUCUGCACCAGGUAGACUCAAGAAUGUCGAAGAAAGUCCUUAUUUAUUCGUCUUGGAGAUGGAGGAAGGGAGGUCGUACACUUUCGAGCUGGCCCUUUGCGAGAAGGAGGACUUCGCUUCAAAUGGCAAAGCAUCGGAUGAGGAGGAGUCCGCCUUUUUGCAGAACCGCAUCACCUUCCAGCGCUUCAUCGAAGAAGCCCAACUUGUUGAUGACCCCCGUCUAGUCCUGCGCUACAGUCUACAAUACCUCACUUGGUCAACGGGAUCAAAACUUCUCUCCGCCCUGUCCAUGUAUCGGCGAUCUCUGACGCCAUCUGGAAUGACACCACCAGGUCUCACGGCAGCUUCCCGACCAUCUGGUUCAAGCUGGUCCAAGUGGUGGCGUAGAGGUCAACAGUCAGCAGAACCCUCACGUCCAGGUUCAACAGCUCCCGCUUCGCACAUCACGGAGUCUAUCCCAACUACCAAGAGCGCAGAGGUGCCCACCAGGUCGGAGCCAGCCCGCGACACGCAAUACGCCAAGACCCUGAGGUUGUCAUCAGAUCAAUUGAAAUCUCUCAACCUGAAGCCUGGUCCAAACACAGUUCACUUCUCAGUCACUUCGUCGUACUCUGGCUUGGCAACGUGCACUGCCCGAAUCUUCCUCUGGGAAAACACGGAUCAAAUCGUCAUUUCUGACAUUGAUGGGACUAUUACCAAAUCCGAUGCUCUAGGUCAUGUAUUCGCCGCUAUUGGCAGAGAUUGGACGCAUCUUGGAAUCGCCAAGCUGUACACUGACAUCGCCAACAACGGCUACAAGAUCCUGUACUUGACCUCCCGAGCCAUUGGGCAAGCCGACUCGACAAGGGAAUAUCUCAAAAGUAUUGUCCAAAAUGAGUACAGGCUGCCGGAGGGCCCUGUCAUCAUGAGUCCAGACAGAUUGAUGGCGAGUCUGCACAGAGAAGUCAUCAUGCGAAAACCGGAAAUGUUCAAGAUGGCCUGUCUACGAGACAUUCAGAGACUGUUUGGCCACAGAUCUAAAGAUUCCUUCUUUGCUGGUUUUGGCAAUCGGAUCACAGAUGCCAUGAGUUAUCGCAGUGUCGGCAUCGAAGCGUCCAAAAUAUAUACGAUCGAUUCGACCGGUGUUGUCAAGACUGAGCUGUUGCAAGCUGCCGGUCACAAGGGUAGUUAUAUGGGAUUGAACGAUCUUGUCAAUGAGACGUUCCCUCCCGUCAAGACCAAAGUCAAACCAGAAUUCACCGACUUCAACUGGUGGCGAUCCUCCAUCCCGGACGUCCAGCUCCCCGACUUGACUCCCGUUCCAGUGUCACCUGCGCUCUCUGCCCGAUCAGCGUCAUCGACCACCUCCUCGAGAUACAAUGUCCUCGGUCGCAUCUCGCAGACGAUUGGCCGUAAAUCUUCUCGACCUAUCCUGCCUUCCAAUUUAGAUGACACGAAGAGCCUGAGCUCAAGACCCUCAAGCCCAUUGAUGGGUCCGGCUCUGACGUCCGACGAGCUCUCGGAUACGGAGGAGUAUGGCGAACAUCGAGUACGGCCGAGACAGAACAGUAUGCCUGGUUCUUUCGACGAUACUGGGGAGCAUUUCAGCGAGUUUGUCUCCUCUGAACAAAAAGCAGAAGAAGGCCGAGGCUCGGUAUUCGCGGGCAGUAUCGAGCACAGCGAAGAGGAACGAUUUGACGACGAAAGAGUGGAGGACGACUCAUUUGACGAUGGUGCAAUCUUUGAUGAUGACAUUCUGGCAGCAGGAGAAAUGAAGAAUGUCCCUUUUUGAGAGAAGGUCUCCGACUCAUUUUGUAUCAACAAUCAUCUUGCCUUCAUUUGGUAUCUCGAGGU